UCUUGAUUCGUUAAUAAUCCCGAGGGGCUGUAAUUAAGCCAUUUCUUACGUAUUUGCUUUUUUUCCUGGGGUAGGCAACAUUACGUCAUAUAAAUAGGUGGUUUUAAUCAGAUAGGUACACAAAGAGAUACCUAUAUGUUAGGUACAUACCUGGCCUUUUACUCAUAGCAGGCAGCUGCCGCUAUAAAAAUCCAAGGCUUUAAGGAUGUGUUACAAAGUCAGGUCGUACUACAUGGACAAACCAAGUGCCAUGUGACUCGUGCUCAGGGCAGUCGCAGUAGUAUUAGCGCUAUUACUCAGUUAGGUAGGUGCCCUACGUACCUGUAGGUCUCUAAGCUUUCUAAGCCUACCUAGGUAGGUACCUAAGGUAGCUUGUGGUUACAUCAAUUCUCUUUCGUCAACUUCAACCCAACUUCUUUAAUCUCUUGACUCGUGAUUAAAUCAAAGCGAAGUCGAUAUAAACUUGGAGCAAUGGACGAGAUAAUCGAAGAACCGCAGAUUACUUCCCCGGGGACCUCGGUCGCAACGCCGAAGGUUCUUAUCAUGAUGGCCGACUAUGGUCAUGACCCCACGGAAACCGCCGUACCUUACACCGCAUUCAAGAACGCGGGCUAUAAAGUCCAGUUCGCGACCGAGAACGGAAAUCAUCCGCGAUGCGACAAGAAAAUGCUGGAGGGGUUUACUCAAAAGCUACUCGGCGCAAAGAAGGAAGUUAUCCGCCUGUACAAGAAGAUGGUUGUGAGCGAUGAGAUGCGCCACCCGCUCUCGUGGUCUGCUCCUGGCUUCUCCCUCGAUCCCUUUGAUCUCGUCGUCUUCCCUGGAGGUCACGAUAAGGGAAUGAAGCAAAUCAUCGAGUCGCCUAUCGUGCAUAAACUUGUAGUAGACUACUUUCCUAAGACAAAGAAGCCGAGCAAGAAGGUUAUUGCUGCCGUAUGCCAUGGGGUCAUGGUCCUGUCAGAGUCAAAAGAUGCCAAUGGCAACAGUGUCAUACGGGAUUGCAUCACGACAGCAUUGCCAGCGAAAUUCGAACAAGCCGCAUACUGGGGUACCCGGGCAGUCCUCGGCGACUACUAUAAGACGUAUGGUCAUGGAAGCGAAGACGUUGAGCAAUCGAUUAAAAAGGUUCUUGCCGACCCAGCCCAGUUCAAGGCCAGCUUAAAUCCCGGCCCGUUCACUGUUGAGGAUGAGCAGUAUAAUUACAUCAGUGCUCGAUAUCCCGGUGACGCGGAACUAUUCGCCGAGGAGAUCAUCAAGCUCUUUGAGAGCUUCCACAAAAUUGUGUAGAUGCUCUUAUUCCUGCGUUAGCGCAGUCUCUUGAUACCAGAUUGUCGAUACCCCUUUCAGUGGAUAUAUAAGAGUUAUAUUUCACGAGAAUGACCUAGCUAUAUAUAUGUAAUCUAAUACACUAAUCCUUCAGGAUUGAGA